UGCGCGGACCCGAGAGGAACGCUGCUGAGGAAAAUAAAUGGCUGGUCCGUAACCCAGGGAUUAGCAGUUCAGCUAAGAUGGAGCUGGAUCCGUGCGGUUCUACCAGCAGCGUGUCUGGUGCUGCAGAAGAAGAAGAGAACGUAAAGGAGCACACCGCCAUGCUGUGGUCCCUCCAGGAGGCUGCGAGGAGGCAGACGCUCCAGAUCGGAGUCUCGGCGUGUGGUGCUACAGCUGUGGUGGACGUGCUCCAGGCGUUGGGGAUCACGGUAGCUCCAGAAACAUCCGACCGCUGCGUGAAGACCAAACUGAGGAGGAACGAUUCGCCGCUGCCUGAUUACCUUCACUCACGUAGUGAAGCCGGUGCCACCCACCAGCAGCUGAUCGACGGAGCAGUGCAGGCCAGCGACGGCAGAGUGACGGGCAGGUUUUUUAGCUUUCACCCAGCGAGGCGGGUGCAGCUGGUACCGUGGCUGGCGCGCUGGAUUCGGAGAGGAGUCGUGCCGGUGGCCACCAUGAACAUGCAGCGCGGCAUUCCGGAGGGCGAAGAAAUUCCCGACGCCUGGCAUCACCAGCUGAUAUUCGGGGCGGCGCAUAAUGCCGUGUUUAUGACCAAUCCUUUAGAUGUGGUUAGCGAAGAGGAGCUACACACACGCCUGUGCAGCGAAUCAGAUCUGCUGAUCUGUCGAGAAGACGUCUUAAAGAGACUGACCCCGGACUCCCCGCUCCGCCUGGUCUCGGACCGCCAGGCUGACCCGCGCUGGAAGACGUUCAAUGUGGAAGGUCAGGUUAGACGGAUGAUGGAGGAAGAAGACGGCGAGGAAGAUCAUUCGAAGCUGACGCACGUGAGGAUCCCUGCAGCCUACAGCGCUGGGAUUACGCUCUUCGCUCUCGGAGACUCGCCCGUCGGACAGGAGCUCCUCGCCGCUCCCGAACUGCCUCUGCUCUAACGGGACGAUCAGAUUUUAAGUUUGGACUCUGAACCAGCUGUUUCCACCAGCUGUGCAGAUCAGCGACUGUUAAUGACGCCGAAUCGGUGUCAUUUCCGUCCCCAGGACGUUAUAUGUUUAAAUGUAUAUGAAAAUUAGGAUAUAUAAUUUAAAACACCCCACUCUUGAAAUAUAAUAAGUAAAAUUUCAGACCUGAAUAGAGGUGGGUUACAUAAAUCCUGAAAACGGGUGUGUUUUAUCAUAUCUGAAUAGAGGUGGGUUACAUAUAAAAAAACAGAUGAUGUAGUUAAAAUACUACGGAGCCCCUUAGGGGUCACUAACGGAAAAAAAAAAAGUCAGUUCUGCAGAGAACAGCAUGAGACUCCGCCCCUAAUUGCUAGGAAAUCGGCGCCCACCUCCCCCACAGUCAGCCUGAGCGUUCGCACGAGAGUGCCAGAACGACAGCAAGCUAACAUCACUGAUCGCCACAAAUCUGUACAACCUAGAACCCCCAAACUCUGCGCUAGGAAAUCAGCACCCACCUCUCUCACAGCCGACAAACCUGAGCGAUCGCAUGAGAGAGCCAGAACGACAGCAAGCUAACAUCGUGGGGGGGGCAAUGAGCCAAAACUAAUGGCAUUAAAGGUCAAAUUUGAUUGCUGGUGAAAAUGGAAAAUGUUAAUUGCUGCUCAUGGUAAUUCUGAUCAAACGUUUUUUGUUUAUUCAAGAAUGAAGUGCAACACAUCUGGGAUUCCAUCAAAUUUGAGAAAUUGAUUGAAACAUAAAUAAUAAUAAAAUUAUUUAUUUCACUGAAAUACGUCAA